AUAAACCAACUUUAUUGCCAUCAAAUAUUAAUUACAACCUAUAACGAGGCAGCUGAUACUACUUUAGUCAAAUAAACUCAUUUCAAAAAGUGUGUGCACCCUAAAACAACUAACUGGAAUGGAGUUAAUAAUAGGAAAAGAAUGUUUGAAAGAUCCAAGUCAAUUGAUUAAAUUUAUUGUUUUAUUUAUUUGUGGAAUUUUUACAUUCACUCAGGUUACACAAUGUGUAAAAAAAUUUUUAUACCCACCUGCAUCUACACAUUCUGAAUUCGUCGUUAACAGCAGUGUAACUUAUCCAUGUGUAACAAUAUGUCGUCGGCCUGCAUACAAAACUAACCUUUUUUCGGAAUUUGGAAUACAGUCACAGAAGCUGGAUUCGAGCUUUGCAUUUUCGAAUUUUAAUUUCUCGAACAACACAUUGACUGAAUUUAUAGAAAAGGCAACAUAUAGGUACGAUGAGAUUGUUUCUAUGUUCGCAUUUUCGUCAAUUGGUAGUUUAAGAAAUAUCAAUGUAACCAGUUCAUUUCAUUUUACAAGAGGGAGAUGUUAUACUUUCCAAUCUUUAAACCAAUCAGAGUCAUUCUCUCCAACCAGUGGCUUUUUCUUCUUUCUAAGACAUAAUCAAGUGAAAGAAGCUAGUGAUUAUUCUUAUUCCAAUUCCCCUGGUUAUCAGCUUUACUUACAUGGUCCAAACGAAGUGUUAACAUUAGAUAGUAAUAGCGAGGGAAGUAGUUUUAUUGAGUAUCUUGACUUGGACUCUUCAGAAGAGAUGUCCGUAAAAUUUGAAAUACAACAAUUCCAAAUUCAUCCAUCCAGUGACGAAGAUUGCGUUCCCGAUGAACAUUACAGCAAAUCGAAAUGUGAAGAUUACUGCAUUGGCCAAGCAAUAGUUAAUAUUACUAAUUGUACGGUUCCUUGGUUAAGAUUACCGCCAAACAUGAGUUUUGCUGAAUGUGACGAUUAUUUAUCGGUUCGAAACUCAAUUCAAUAUUACAUAAACCGUGGUAUGAGAAGAAUCUAUUUAGAACAAUGUAACUGCCGCAAGCCCUGCGAGUUUACCAUUUACAAAUCGUAUAUUAUUAAUCGAAAACCUGUAGAUUCCAUAUUAGAACCCAGCUGCUCCAUUUAUAUAUAUUGUACUAAUCUAAUAUUCAGAAUGACCGAAGUGUUGAGCUACGAUUCUAAUCAGCUGCUAUCUGAUAUUGGUGGAUCUUUAGGAUUCUUAUUGGGUCUGUCAGUCAUAAGCCUCAUUUGUAUAAUCGAACAGGUUUUUCGAAUAACUUUUAAAAUAUUCUUCAAACGAAAAGUGAAAAAGGAAUUAAAGGCUCAAGAGAUACAAAGCACUAAAAACGAAGAAAAUGAUAUAAUUAAAAAUAAUAUUAUAUCUGACAAGAAAAUAGAUAAUGAAGAAGAACAUAUUUAUAGUAAUUUAAAAAAUUUUGUUGUGGACUACAAUGAUUUUCAAAAGAAUAGUUAUUGUGAAUAUAGUCCAAAUGAAAAUCAAAACCAAAAAUAUGUAAAAUAAGUCGAUAACUAAGUUGCAUAACAAAGAAAAGUCAAAUGUUUUCAAUUUUUAUUCUUUAAACACCAAAUUAUAUCCUGUGUUAAUUAUUUAGGUCCUUAACGAUAGACGUUUUAAUUUAUAAAUGAUUGAUGUUAUAACUAGUUUGUCUUCUCGUUUUCAUGUUCUGAUAAAAGAAA